AGGGAGGUGGUGGAGUCGCCGUCCCUGGUUCAAGAGGCGCCUGGAUGAGGAGCUGCGAGAUGUGGUUUAGUGCUGGUGGCACUGAUAGCAAUGGGAGGGGGGUUGGGCUGGAUGAGCUUGCAGCUCGUUUCCAACCUUGUGAUUGUGGGAGCCUCCCUGUGUCCCCUUCAGGAUCCUCCCCCAGACCCUGAGCGCAGCCUUUAUUACCCCCUGUACCUCGACCUGGACCUGGAGCGCGGCCCUUGGGACGACGAUGAGUUCGAUGUGGAUGAAGUGGAGGAGGGCCCCAUCUUUGCUCUGUGCAUGGCUGGGGCCGGCGACCAGCGCACCUUGGCCAAGUGGAUCGCGGGGCUGCAGCAGACCAACCCCGUCCUUGGGCAGACGCCGGUGAUCUUCCGUUUGGGGGAUGGGGAUUCCUCUGCUGGAUCCUCGGAUGACAUGGAUGCAUUGCAGCUGGAGGGCUCGGGGGCGGCCAAGUUGGAGCCCCCUGAAGUGGCGAGGGGCCGCCGAGCGCAGGGAGAGGGGUGAGGGGGUCGUGGAAGGUG